UACGUCAAUAUGGUGCGCGGCAAAGCUUUGAAUAGCUUUGGUAACACUGAGGAAAAGCCGCGCUUCGGGUAGUGAGAUGGAUUUAAUCCUCGGGUCGUUUUAAACUCCGUCUCUGAAUGUUUACUAUUCUUCUGUGAGUCUUUUUAAAACUGCCAUUUUUACUUUCGUCAAGCCAGACAGCAAAGGAUGUCCAACAGACAACAGCCUCGAAGAUUAUGACGGCUUGACAGACUGCUGCUUUGCCAACGUUAGCUACCUAGAGUGAAAAUUACACCUUUAUAUCUGGUGACAGUUGUUGGGAGAGAAAAUAUGACAACUCUAACAAGGCAAGACCUCAAUUUUGGACAAGUGGUUGCUGACAUCCUGUGUGAGUUCCUGGAGGUUGCCAUUCAUCUCAUCCUGUAUGUCCGUGAAGUUUAUCCCUCAGGAAUAUUCCAGAAGAGAAAGAAGUAUAAUGUACCAGUGCAGAUGUCAUGUCACCCAGAGCUGAAUCAGUACAUUCAAGAUACACUUCAUUGUGUAAAGCCGCUCAUUGAGAAGAAUGAUGCAGAGAAGGUGGUCGUGGUCAUCAUGGACAAGGAGCAUCAUCCAGUAGAGAGAUUUGUGUUUGAGAUUUCCCAACCACCACUGCUGUCCAUCAGCUCAGACACAUUACUGUCACAUGUGGAGCAGCUGCUGAGGGCGUUCAUCCUGAAGAUCAGUGUGUGUGAUGCUGUUUUAAAUAAUAACCCACCAGGGUGUUCAUUUACAGUACUAGUACAUACCAGAGAUGCUGCUACACGCAACAUGGAGAAGGUUCAAGUUAUCAAGGAUUUCCCGUGGAUAGUUGCUGAUGAACAGGAGGUCCACAUGCAGGAGCCUAGACUCAUCCCACUGAAGACCAUGACAUCUGAUAUAGUAAAAAUGCAGCUCUACGUGGAAGAGAGAGCCCAGAAAACGUAAAAAAAAAAAAAAAAGUUUUUUUUUGUUGUUGUUGUUGUUUUUUUUUUUAUAUAUAUAAGAAAAUUGGCUGCAGGAGCCAAUCUGAGACGACGUUGAAAAGAGCUCGAACAGUCAGAAAGGAAGAUGAGUUUUGGGAUUGAGGGAGUGAGAUGCUCUUUGUUGAAUGUUUUGGUGAAGUGCAUACGUUAAGCUGCAGGUUAAUUUCAUCUGUAAUAAAAUCUGGUCCAGACA